AUGGUGUUAUGUGCCAUUAUUCGACAGGGCUUCGUAUGGACUGGCGGCUCUUUCGGGAAACUGCGAGGGUGUAUAUCUUCGAUGGUCAGUUUGCGAACGGUGUCCUGCAAGGAGGUGUACGUCCGGGAUCCGAAUCUUCCAGCGCCAUGGCCUUAUAAGGAACGUGGCUAUCGUUUGUGGUAUUCAUUCUUCGACUGGACGACCAAGCGAUUCGAUGAGAACUCAAAGCUGUUCGUCGUUGAGGGCAACAUCGGAUCAGAGAAGAGCAAGUUUGCCCGCGAGUUGGCCGAUAAGUUCGGCUUUCACUUCAUACCGGCACCGUCGCUCGACGAAAUCUUCAUCGACUCGUAUGGCGUCGACCGUCGCAAGUUUUACCACUUGAUUCCAGAGAGUUGUCGUGAGUUCGACGCCCGACUCUUCUACGAGAACCCGACCCAUCCAAACGUAGCCAAAUUUCAGAUGACCAUGUUCUAUUGCAAGACCGAAAGCUAUCUGAACGCCCUGGCCCAUAUUUUGAAUACUGGUACGUAGAA